AUGAAUCCUAAAACAUUGAUUUUGUUUCUUGUUGUUGUGUUCUUUGGUGGCUUAAUACCGUAUAUAAACGGGCAUCCAGCUCCAGCUCCAGUCCCGGAUCCAAAAAGGGAUUGUCCUACUCCUGCACCUUUUUGUGAUGCUGAUGAUGACCAAGUAGGAUUGGUGAUAUCUUCAAAUUCACAUGAAGGAUUUGCAGAAACAUUUCUUAUCACAGUUACUAUAAGUAACAAGAAUAGCAAUAUUUGA